CCACCAAUCAAAACGAGACAGAACUGCUAGAAGAACGAGCAACAGCGAAAAAGUCAUGCAUGGUCACUGUCCCGGGCGUUGGUCGCUUUAAUCAAUACGUCAAGUACGACUUUGCCCAAUGGACGCAUUUUCCUCUUGGUCUUUCCAUCAGCAACUACGGCAUCCAAGCCGAUCCCACUGACGACGAACAUCCUUUUGACCAGUACUAUGGUCCCAACAACGUGCUCUUGAANAAAGGUCGGCCGUUACAGUUGAGAGUCCCUGGCGGCCAAACCAUGUCGCCUAUUCAAGGUGCUGAGAUCACAACUGCUUAUGAUGAUAUUUUGUACGCUUCUGUCCGCACGGUAGCCAAAGUCAGCAGUGUGCCAGGAACAUGUCAUGGCUUCUUCUUCUACCACUCCGACAACCAAGAGACGGAUAUCGAGAUCCGCACAGCUUUCCCUGGUCAAAUCUUCCUCACCAACCAGAAGUCCUCUGGCAGAGCUGUUGAGUCGACGUUUGACACGGCGGCUCCUCACGACAUGAGCGCUGGCUUCCACGAGUACAGGUUUGAUUGGCUGAAGGGCGUGACCAAGUUCUACGUGGAUGGCAAGUAUGUAGGAGACUUGAACAAGAACGUGCCGAAAGUGCCUGGAAGCAUGGUCUGCUGGAGUGGUGGACCGCCAAAGAAGGACAACAUCCUCGAGAUCCAGAGCAUUGAGAUGUACUACAACAGAACGAGUAUUACUGGGAUGAAUUGCAAG